AUGAAUCCUGAGGACACCAAGUGGUUACAUUGUCUUGAGGAGGUACAGAAGAGUGACCUCUCUGACGAGGACGAGCUGAAACUACUUGUCUUCGUGAGAGAUCUGCUUCUUGCGCCGGAUGAGGACGAGGACAAAGAUCCGGGGUACGGGAGUGCUAUAGUGGUCUCGGCUCUUGUCAACCUCGUCUUCCAAGUCGCUCGGUCGGUCCCGUACAACGACGUCAGGCUCAAGCGGCUUGCCGAUCUGCUCAUAGGGCUCAAGAAAAGCCUUUGUAUCGACGCUGAACAUUACAAUCCAGAGGAUCCUCGGAUUAUUUGGAAAGACGAGCACUUGCUAGAGGCUGCCAGCGGGACUAGCCAUGCAUAUUCCCUUGGCCCUGACGACAAGCCGGAGUACUGCAGAAUGGCUCUCAGUAUGUUCACCUUGUUGGCCAGAAUCACCGGCGCUGGACUUUGGGGCGACAGGGGAGUAUUAGUGGCGACGGAUAGCAUCGAUGAGGGUCUGAAAGGGCCUGCUCCAGCUAUUAGAUCCAACCCCUGCGCUCUGAAUGCCGCCGCCGUCAUCGCGGCGCAGUACAUCCUACUUGCUGGGGAGGUCCUGGUCAAGUACGCCAACUCACUGGACAAUCAUAUUUAUCGUGAAGCCUGGCCAACCCAGGAGAAAUGGAAGAUUUGGGCCGCGAAAUUCAAGGACAUCGCGAGAUCGGCCCCUGACGAGGACGAGUGGGACCUUAAGAGAACUGCUCAGAAGGCGUACGAGAAGAUGAUCAGUUUGUGGCCAGAGUUGUUCGAGAGAAAUUCAUGAGAAGGAGGGCACAAUGUUGAUUAGUUACUCAAUCAAGCCUACAUCACAUCUUAUUUUGAGG